AUGAUUCCCACUAUGACCUACACGAGGAUCACCCAGCAGAGCAACGGCUCUCACGACACCAUCCUCUUCAACCGCCCCUGCCCCGCCUUCCGCUGCAACCCACGCUACUGCUCGAGAAUUCUCAAGAAAACCCUUAUGGCGGUUUCAUUUUCUCCCACCCCUCCAUCCCUCCCCACCCUAUCCCGCGAGCCCCCAUACCCCCCCUCCCUGCACUCCCCACAUCCCUCCCUCGUGCCUCUCCCCCCUCCCUGCACUCCCCACAUCCCUCCCUCGUGCCUCUCCCCCCUCCGUGCACUCCCCACAUCCCUCCCUCGUGCCUCUCCCCCCUCCCUGCACUCCCCACAUCCCUCCCUCGUGCCUCUCCCCCCUCCGUGCACUCCCCACAUCCCUCCCUCGUGCCUCUCCCCCCUCCCUGCACUCCCCACAUCCCUCCCUUGUGCCUCUCCCCCGUUCGUGCAGCAGGGCAACAACACCGUCAUUCGCAUCCGAUAUGGACCCCUCCCCGCGCCUCGCUCCCCCUGUUCCCCUCACCCUCCACCCGUUCCUCCCCCAUACCUGCGCAACUUCACAGUGCCCCUCGUCGCCACUACCAUCACCCCGGUCAGCCUCACCGCCACCUAUGGAGGCCAGCUUGCCUCCUGCCAUUCAACCUUUCCUUUUUCCCACCCUCUUUCCUCUGCCACGCCCCCCGCCCCGCCCCCCUCCGCUUGA